AUGGCGGCCCCAACGGAGGAGAGCAGCACCCGCGCCGCGGCGCCAGCUCAGCAGCGUCUUUCGCAUCCUCCCUCCCCCGACGUCACCUCCGACGACGAGGCCGCCAACGUCGCCGCCGAACGCUCCACGUACCCGGACCAAGACGAUGUACAGGCAGUGCUGCAGCCGGCCAUGAGCCGUGCCGCCAGCCACCUCACGUCCAUUCACACGCCGGCUGUCGAGAAAGUCGCUGCCAUGGAGCGCAUGACGGGCUUCUUUGAAACACCCGCUGCUGUGGCCGAAGACUCCAAUGACGACGACGACGCUGCGACGGCAAUGGCGACGACGAUGGCGAAGCGGCCCUCGACUCCCCCAAAAGCAGACGUCGCCGCCGGUCCCAAGAGCUCGCCACUGUCCAUGCCCGCGCCUUUCAACUCUCAAGACGUCUAUCAACAAUCCACCACCACUACUACUACCACCGCCGCCGCCGCCGCCGCCACCACCACCACCACAAGGACGCAACACACCAAAAGCGUUCUGGGCUCAUCGCUCUGCUCGACCCGCCACCAACGGUCCGGAUCGGCCGGCCAGGACGCCCUGAAGCGCUUCCAAAAGGUGCUGCCCUCGUUUGGCUCGCCGUCCAGCUUCCUGCCGUCGCUGCCGACGAAAUACCUGAACAAUCUCGCCGACUCGAUGCCCAGCAUCAGCAUCGGCGGGCACCACGCCACCCGAUCUUCGCGAUCCCAGACGACGACAACGACGACUGGCGGCGACGCAGCACCGCGGCAGCAGCAGCAGCAGCAGCAGCAGCAGCAGCAGCAGCCGCGCCUGGGCUCCUUGUCGCUCCGGCGGACGGCCUCGGACGAGAGCAUCCUCUACCACACGCUCUCGCGGCAGUCGUCGCUCGGCGACGACGACCGCUUUCACGACGUGCGCGAAAUGGUCAAUAUGCGGUUGCUGGCUUUUCGCGACAGCCUGCCCGACGUGCCCAACUUUAAGAUGCCGUCGCUGGCCAAGCUGCAGGCCACGGCGCGCCGCUCACACCUCUCCCUCAACGGCAUUUUUUCCAGCGACAACGCCAACGUCCAUCACGCGCCGUCAUCAUCCCGCGACGUUGCUCCUGAGUCAACCUUUGACCAGGCGUCGCCACAGCCGCCGCCGCCGGUCAAGGACGACUUUGACGACAUGCUGCAGCACCUCACCGGCGACGUCGUCAUCCUCGGCGGUUACCGCGGGUCCGUCCUACGCUCCGCCGACCCUCCGCACCACCAGCUGUGGGCGCCCGUCAAGCUGGGCCUCAACCUGCGCAAGGCAGAUCUCGAAGUCGGCCUGACUGACGCCGACGAGGAGUCGAUGCCGGAACGCAUCAUUCCCUCGGGCAUGCUCAAAAACAUUGGCCCCAUUGACGUAUCACGCAAGCUGUUUCGCAAGCUGCAGGCUUCGCCGCACGCGCAGGCCGGUCGUCUGCGCGUCUGGGAUUUUGGCUACGACUGGCGUCUUAGUCCGCGACGCCUUUCGAAGCAGUUGCAAGAGUUUUUGGCCUCGCUGCCCGCCAACAACAACAACAAUAACAACAACCAACCCGGUGGCGUGGCGGGAGCAGAAGCAGCAGCAGAAGGCGGAGGAGGAGGAUAUGAACCGCGCGGCGCCAUUGUCAUCGCGCAUAGCCUCGGAGGGCUGAUUACCCGACACGCUGUCAACCAGCGGCCCGAGCUCUUUGCGGGCGUGCUGUACGCGGGCACGCCGCACCAGUGCAUGAACAUCCUCGGGCCGCUGCGCAACGGCGACGCUGUGCUGUUCAACGAGAAGCUGCUGACGGCGCGCGUCAACUUUUCCAUUCGCACCAGCUUUGCGCUGCUGCCCGAGGACGGCUUCUGCUUUGUCGACAAGAACACGGGCGAGCCGCUGCCAGUCGACUUUCUCGACCCCAUGAGCUGGGUCCGGUACCGCCUCAGCCCGUGUCUGGAGCCGCCGCUGCCGGCCCUCGCCAAGUCGUCGUCGUCGUCGUCCCCAGCAGUCGUAAUGUCCUCUUCUUCCCUAUCCUCCUUUUUGCCGCACUCGUUUUUGCGGCCGCGCAGCGACAGCAAAGGCGACCGUCUACAAAACGAGCUCGACCCCAUGACACCAUCCAUGACCACCACCACCACCACAUCCCCUCCCACUACCGCCACCGCCACCACUACUACUCCAUCCUCUUGGUCCCUCUCCACCAUUACCGAAGCCGCGUGGCUCGCCGCCGCCGACGACGACCGGCGCGCCAACUACGAGUACCUGCGACGUACCCUCGCCGACAUUCGCGCCUUUCGCCGGGAAGCGCGCCACGACGCGCGUCUGCAGGCCAGCAACGCCUACCCGCCGCUGGCGGUGCUCUACGGCAAGGCCAUUCCGACGGUGUGCGCCGCCGCCGUGCACGGCCGCGACGGCAUCGCCCGCGCCGACGCCUACGACGACCUCGUGUUUCGCUCGGGCGACGGCGUCGUGCUCGCGCGGGAGGCUAUGCUGCCCGAGGGAUACGCGCUCGUGCGCGGCGGCCGCGUGAGCACGGAGCGAGGACACAUUACGCUGCUUGGGGACUUGCCUGCGUUGGGGAGGGCGCUCAAGGCGCUGGUGAGGGGAAGGAGAAAGGGCAUCGGCUUGGGCAAUGCCCGGGCAAAGUCGUGA